AUGACAUGGCGGGAUCUGCUGUUGCAAGUAAUCGAUUAUGUCAUCGUUUUUGACAAAGUUUGCGUCAUUGUUACGGUUGUUGUGCUCAUUUUGUCAAUUUAUUUUAUUCAUCGGGUCAUCGCGUGCCGACGGAUCCAUGUGAAUUUUAAGCUGGUGUUGGUAAGUUGGAAAUUGACAAGUUGGCAAGUACAGAGAGUUUGAGAAAAUGGGAUGUGGUGGAAAGUAAUUGCCGGUUUCUUGGGAGGCGGUUGGCGGAAAAGCUCACGACUUUUCACACUGAAGGCGCAGGUUCUUUUGCCAUCAGUCUGUCGGGAAAAUAGUCGCCGUGUUCUGGAAUCGCCCAUAAAUAUCUCCAAAGAAAAGAUUUGUCGCUGCGGAAAAUGGGAAUGGCACGCGACGUAGUGCAAAAAAAAACACAAAAUUGCGCUGAACGUCAAACUGAGGAGUCCGGUGACCGGAAUAGACUCUUCGCUAUCAGUUUUUUACACUUCGUUUUGCCUCGGAUUAAUGCUUCGGCUCUCAUUGUGCAAAAUCUUAUGCUCCUCCACCAAUACGUUGCCGAGAAAUCGGCGGUUGCUACCCUCCAGAUUUUUUGGAAUACCCUGUAAUUAAAAUAGGAAGUAUUUUUAGGAUAUCAGUCUGUGGGGAAAAUAAUUUGCAAUCGUAGCUCGUUGGAGUCGACCAUCAUCGCUUUGCAACUUCUAGUUGGAGCUUUGUUGCACGAAUGAGGCGAAGCGAUACAUUUCGUCGCCACAAAUCCACGUUAUUUUUCCAACAGGCUGAUAUUAUUAUAGAAACCCUGAUUUCAGUGUUGCACCGCCAUUUCUUUCCUGAUUUUCCCCGUUUUCCGACGUCUCAUCGAUCUUCUCUACCUCCUUACUGAAGGCAUCACCAACCGGCUUUACAUCAAUGUGAUUUGCGUUGGUCUCAGCGUAGUCAACGUGGCUUCGUGCGUCAGCUCGACAACUUGCAUGGUGAUGUUGGCGUUGGAGCAGCAUUUAGCGGCGCGCUUCGUACGCACGUACGAAGAGCGAUCGAUGAGUAUUGGGGUCACAUUGACCUGUUUUACAGUGAGUGUUAAUGAAUUUCCAGGGAAGAGCUCUAAGUGCAAUGCUAAUUUUAUAAAACUUAUCACACAUUUAUAAUAACUUCCUCCUAUUUCGCGCUGUAGAAGAGGCCGGGUUUUUCGGCUCAAAAAUUGAAAAAAAUGUGGCACUUUUUUUGCGAAUUUUGGAAGGACCAGUUUCAUGCCUUCAGAACAAAAAAAAUCGAUUUGACGUUACCUAUUUCUAGGUAACGUCAAAAAAUGAAAAGGGCAAUUCUCUCUGGCCGCUCUCCGCGUUUCGCGUACACUCUCAAGGAUCGCUGAAUACCUCGGCGGCUUCUGGAAAAUGCAAGCCAAAACCUUUAGGAAUUGAUACGUAGCCUAUGACUGACGUGUGGUCAAAUAAAAAAAAUUCUAUUCUCUGUCUCGAUUUUAGUUAUUCUACUCAAUCGCAAUCAGUAUCGGGAUCAACGCCUUCCAUCUGCACAACUUUGACUUCUACCGCUCCACGGACAAUUGUCAUCCAGUCAAUUAUAACUGGGGCUACGCAAUGCUCUUCUAUUCGGCCAGCCUGGGAAUGUGCACGUUUGCUUGCUGGGUAUCCUCAUAUAAUUUGUUGAAUUAAUUCUUUAGUGGCUAAUGAAGGUUCGGGAGUUCAAUACGCGGCAGCGACGUGCUCAAUUUACAACUCUAAGCACACGUUACCAGCAGCAUGAAAACGAGAACGCAGCGAUUUCCAUAACCGCCACAGUUGUGGGCUAUAUGGCGUACAGUGUGAUCGGGGUGGUUGGUUCGUUGCUUCGGAUGUGUUUUUAUGACUUGUUUGGAGACCAUAGUAAAGGAGACACGGUUUUUGUUGGGGUGAGUUAGCUAUCAAACUGUCGGGAAAAUAAUAAAAAACAAAAAUAAAAUAAGAGCAGUAAGCAUAACAGCUGUGGCAUAAAAUCGCAUAAUUUACCGUCAUUUUUACAGCUGGGAUACCUGAUUGCCGAGCUGUAUGCGCUCUUUCAUAUGGCCUGUUUUAUGAAGUACAACCGAGGAAUGAGGAAGAUGGUCAAGUUGGAUUUUUUGAGGUUGUUUGGCGUGCGGAUCAUGAAGCGAACGUCGGUGGUGGUUGGACCGGCCUUACCGACGAUCACUCUCACUGACGAAGCUGAUGAGUACUUCCGACAACUGCAAAGCUCAUGGAAAUAA